AUGAGUAGUGCAAACAGCGGUGGUAGUACCAGUAGUGGAGGAGGAGGAGGUGUUGGUGGUGGCAGCGGUGGUGGGCCUUGUGGUGCAUGUAAGUUCCUAAGGCGUAAAUGCGUGACGGAUUGUAUAUUUGCUCCAUAUUUUGACUCGGAACAAGGAGCGGCUCAUUUCGCAGCGGUGCAUAAGGUGUUUGGUGCAAGCAACGUUUCUAAGCUUCUACUUCAUAUACCCAUCCAUAAGCGCCUCGAUGCGGUUGUCACCAUUUGUUAUGAGGCACAAGCUCGUCUCCGUGAUCCAGUCUAUGGUUGCGUUGCUCACAUCUUCGCUCUUCAACAACAGGUGGUGAAUUUGCAGGCGGAGCUGUCGUACUUGCAAGCUCAUCUAGCAACCCUGGAGCUUCCAUCUCCAACGCUGCGUCCGCCAUCUCCGACUUUAUUGACCCCACCGUCACUCUCCAUUGCAGACCUUCCCACAGCUUCAAGCAUGCCAGCUGCGUCAUUUGAUCUAUCGACGCUUUUUGAUCCUCUGAUGCAACAACCUUCAUGGACGUUGCAACAACGACAGAUGGAACUUCGACAAUACGGGGGUGGUGGUGGAAGGAAUCCAUCGGACAACUCUUCCUCCUCCUCCGCCGCCAACGCCACAGGAGGAGGAGGAGGAGGAGGUGGUGGUGGUGGUGAUCUUCAGGCAUUGGCAAGGGAGCUCCUUCACAGACACAGGUUUUCGGUGGUGGGUUCAUCACAUUUAACGGACCCAUCACCUGAAACAAAACCUUCACCGCCGCCGCCGUCGUCUCUCUCUAGAUAAAAAUCUGAG